AUGGAAAAACAACCAAAUAGAUGUCAUAGGAUUAGAAGUGCCAUAAGCAAGACCGCUAUUUGGAAAUCCAAAGAAAACAGACAGCUAUGGAGGCGAACGAAUCGCAUUGUUCCAUUCAAUGAUGUUGAAAAUGAGGAGAAAGUAGAAGAGGUCACAAUGGUAAUUGAACUGAAUGCCAUACAUGUAUAUGAAUGGCCAGAGAUAGACUUUUCCAAAUUUGGCAGAAAUGGCUUUUACACAAAGGCUGAUUGCACAAUGGAAACUAUCCUAAGGAUGUCUCCAGUAUAUGACCCAAAGUUUUCACAAUCUCAAAAGGAGAAAGACAAGCGUUCCCUACUUGAACGAGCACUACAUAGAAUGGAAAAGAGAGCAAGAGAGGCCAAAUAUGCUGUUUCAGCUGCCCUGACAAAAAAAUCAGAGAAGUUGGACAACCAAGACAAAGGUUCCCAGCAGAAUAUAAAGGAUGACUCUGGUUUUUCAUUAUUCUAAAUACAACCAAUUUAUCGACCAUCCGAUGGCUGACCUAGUUCUCACGGGGGU